AUUACCCCAUUACACUCUCUCUUCACCAUGCCUUCUUCAAUUACCACCAGCGACCAUUCUUUCCUUUCCCAGAUCAGAAUGGACAACAAAUCACUCUCCCAAAUCCCCUCUUUGAAGCGUAAGAGACCUCCCAAGAUUCAGAUCCCCAAUGUCUUGCAAGAAAUCCAUAAGGACAAGCUUAAGUUCAAAGACUUGACGCCUCUCAACGACGAUGUCGACGCCGUUUCUUUUAAUGGACAUGGUGUCGCUGUUUUCUCCCGCAAAGGCAAGAAAAAGUUCAUGGAAGAUUCUCACAAUAUCAUUUCUUGCUUACAGGGCAACUCCAAUAAAAGUUUCUUUGGCGUCUAUGAUGGACAUGGAGGCAAAAAGGCUGCAGAGUUUGUUGUAGAAAAUUUGCAUAAAAAUAUUUUUGAAAUGAUGAAGGACUGUACAGGAGAAAAGGAAAAGGAUGAAGCUGUUAAAGCUGGGUAUCUAAAAACCGAUGACGAGUUCUUGAAACAGGGUUUAGUCAGUGGUGCCUGUUGUGUCACAGCCUUAAUUGAAGGACAAGAGGUUGUUGUCUCAAACUUGGGAGACUGUAGAGCUGUUCUAUCUAGAGGAGGAGUGGCUGAAGCCCUUACAACGGAUCAUAGAGCAGAGAGAGAGGAUGAACGUAAACGAAUAGAGAAUAAGGGAGGAUACGUGGAAUUGCAUCGAGGAGCUUGGAGAGUACAUGGGAUACUUUCUGUGUCUAGAAGUAUUGGAGAUGCUCAUCUGAAGGAUUGGGUACUGGCUGAGCCUGAUACAAAAAUCCUUCACUUAAAUUCAGACACGGAGUUUCUUGUGUUGGCAUCCGAUGGACUUUGGGAUGAGGUUGGCACCCAAGAAUCUGUUGAUACUGUGAAACGGUUAUUGGCCGGAAAAACAUUGGGACCCUCCUGCGAUUUUAGCAAAGAAAAUGAUGAGGAUUAUGGGUGUGUAAGUGUAAGUCCUUCAUCGAAGUUACGCAGGAUUUCACUGGUCAAGCAGCCAAAAGUGACAACUCCUUCACCAAAAUGUAAGAAGACUGCUGAUAGCUGGAAAGAUAGUGAAGAUGACUUUGGUUGUGAAUUCGGAAGCCCUCCAUCAAAGUCACGAAGAAUUUCAUUGAUCAAGAAAAUAAAUAUAAAGACCGAGCCUUCCAAUCAAGAAAACACAGGCUUUAAGAAGAGUCCUCCUUCUGUUGGACUUAUGGCUGCUUGUAAAGAGCUUGCAAACCUUGCUGUCAGUAGGGGUACUUUGGAUGACAUAACAGUGAUGAUAAUCGAUUUGAACCACUUUAGAAGCAUUCCUGCUUGCUUUUCUUCUAGUGAAAGGCAAGCUGAUGACACAGCCACAGUAACCAGGUCAGGCCAGAGUGUGUUUAUGUCUGUAUAUCGAACAAAGCUUGCCGGUGAGUGUCGUUUGGUCACUGUUACAUGGUGCAAGAAUUUGCUGCUUCAUGGCCUAUCUGUUUCCGUUCAAGGAACUGAUGGCGACAAGCAUUAUCGGUGCAAAGUUGAACUCAAGCCAUGGUACUUCUGGAGAAAACAAGGCUCCAAGCACUUUAUAGUAGAUGGUAGAAUGGUUGAUGUUGUUUGGGACCUUAAAGCUGCAAAAUUCAAUGGCGAGACUGAGCCAAGAUCGGAUUACUAUGUUGCCAUUGUUUGUGAAGAAGAGGUAGUUUUACUUCUUGGUGAUUUAAAGAAAGACGCGUUUCGAAAGACUGGUUGCAGGCCUUCUCUUAUUGAACCAAUGCUGGUAUCAAGGAAGGAACAUGUAUUUGGUAAGAAGAAAUUCUCAACGAGAGUUAAAUUCCAAGAAAAGGGGCCAUUUCAUGAUAUCUCAAUUGAGUGCAACAACAGUAGUAUAAGCAGUGACAGCAGUCUUGGUGGGUUUGAUCCAGAACUGCAGAUAAGAGUAGAUGGAAAGCUAGCUAUUCAUAUCAAACACCUUCAAUGGAAGUUCAGAGGCAAUGAGUCCGUUAGAAUAAGCAAAACUAGUGUAGAAGUUUACUGGGAUGUCCAUGAUUGGCUAUUUGGUUCAGGUCCAAGACAUGGUAUGUUCAUAUUCAAGCCAGUGAACUCGUCAACAUCAGCUCCUUCAUCAUCUUCAUCAAAGUUGGGAGAAGUAUGCAGGCAGGAUGAAUCAGUAGAAGAAGAUGAUGACAAUGCAGGUGAAUCAUCAAGGUUUUGCUUGUUCCUAUAUGCUUGGAAGGUAGAGUGAAUGGUGAGUGGUGCAAGAGUAGUUUAUUAGUACCAUCAUCAUCAUCAUUAUCAUAUAUACGAUAAAUGCGUAUCAUCAUCUCAAACAGAAAACUGGUCGUCAUGUUCAUACAAAUUUAGGAUGCCGGUCAAUUAGACUGCAGUACAUGGGCCCAAAUAGAGCUGGAAGUCUAUCCCAUCUUUGAGUCUGGACAAGAUUGGACAGGCCAGAUUGGACUACACAUGCAUUGCACGCACAAUAAUUCUCCAAUCUCGAUAGGCUCUUAUAUAUAAUAUAAAGCAAUGUAGUCAUAUCCCAUGUUAUAUAUUUUCACUUUGUGUGUACCAGAAAAAGCUCACCAAUAUUCACACACGUCCAAUCCACCAUGUUUGGGAUUAUGCAAAUUGAUGGUGA